GGGGGCAGCAGCGUUCACCUGCUUUGUUUCCGUUGAUUGCCUCCCUGGCAACAGGCUGAGCAGACAAACAACAUCCGCCCCCGUCUGCAUCAUCAUCAUCAGCACCAGGUGAAAUUAAUCAGAGGAAGAUCACCUCCAUGAGGCAGAGGUUUGAUGUCUGACAUGGAGAGUCAGCCGACAGGAGAGCCGCGGUUUCUGAAGAGGAGAGUGAAGGGAUGCUCUCUGGAUGUGCACCCAACUGAGAAGGCUCUUAUCGUUCAGUAUGAGGUGGAGGCAACUAUCCUGGGAGAUAUGGGAGAACCAAUGGUUGGAGAACGCAAAGAGUGUCAGAAAAUUAUUCGUCUGAAAAGCUUGAAUGCCGACACAGACACAUCCUCUCUGGCUCAGAAGGUAGUGGAGGAAUGCCAUCUGAUCCAUCAGUCCAAACUCCCCGAGGUGGAGCAGCUGCUCUUCUACCUGCAGAACCGCAAACAGACAAAUGACUACCAGGAGAAGAAGAGCAUCUCACCUCGAGACUUCAGACUAUAUGCAGGAGUGGAGCUGGACGAGGAGGCAAGCAUCAGCAGCAUCGAUGAGUACGUGGAGCUGCUGUAUGAAGACCUCCAGGAGAAGAUCCGAGGAGCCAUGCUCAUCUUCCAGCUGGCUCGCAACAAAGACAACCUGGAGGAGCUCAUGCAGCACGAGAUAGCCCUCGGAGCCCUGGCCAGGUUGCUGAGAGAGGACUGGAAGCAGAGCGUGGACCUGGCAACAACCAUCGUCUACGUUUUCUUCUGUUUCUCCAGUUUCUCCCAGUUCCACAGCCUGGUCACUCAUUUCAAGAUUGGGGCUCUCUGUAUGAACAUCAUUGAGCACGAGCUGAAGAGGUUUGAGCUCUGGCAGGACGAGCUGCAGAAGAAGAAGAAGGCCUGUGAGGAAUUCCCCGAGAACCAAAAUCUGAAGAAAGAACACGAAAAGUCGUUCAGGAAGUUCCAGAGUCUCCUGACCAAGCAAGAGCAGCUUCUCAAAGUCACUCUGUGUCUGCUGCUGAAUCUGGCUGAGGACACCCGAACAGAGCUGAAGAUGAGGAACAAAAACAUCGUCCACAUGCUGGUAAAGCUUCUGGAGCGAGAGGACCAGGAGCUGCUGCUGGUGGUUGUCUCCUUCCUCAAGAAGCUCUCCAUCUUUCUGGAGAACAAAAACGACAUGGCUGAGGCGGCGGCCGUGGAGAAGCUGGCCCAGCUGCUUCCCUGCGAGCACCAGGAGCUCCUGAGGACCACCUCACGGCUCCUUCUCAACCUGUCCUUCGACACGUCGCUGCGCAGCCAGAUGGUCCAGGCCGGCCUCAUUCCCAAACUCUCCUCUCUGCUUGCUGAUGAGGCCCAGAGGCAGCUCAGCCUGUGCAUCCUGUACCACAUCAGCAUGGACGACAGAUUCAAGUCCAUGUUUGCUCCCACCGACUGCAUUCCACAGCUGAUGAAGAUGAUGUUUGACUGCAGAGAGGAGCAACUGGACGUUGAACUCAUCUCGCUCUGCAUCAACCUGGCUGCCAACAAGAGCAACGCUCAGAUCAUCUGUGAAGGGAAUGGUCUGAAGAUGCUGAUGAAGAGGGCUUUGAAGCUGAAAGAUGUUCUGGUGAUGAAAAUGAUCAGGAAUCUCUCCCAACACGGCGGAGCCACCAAGAACCUCUUCUUGGACCACGUUGGAGACCUGGCAGCUCAGAUCAGCGAAGAAGAAGCUGAAGAGUUUGUUAUCGAGUGCCUGGGAACCCUGGCCAACUUGACCAUCCCUGACCUGGACUGGGAGCUGGUUCUGAAGGAGUACAACCUGGUACCGUACCUGAAGGACCGACUCAAACCAGGUUCAGCUGAGGAUGACCUGAUCCUGGAGGUGGUGAUCCUGAUCGGCACCGUCUCCAUGGAUGAUUCUUGUGCCGCCAUGCUGGCAAAAUCUGGCAUCAUUCCUGCUCUCAUUGAUCUGCUCAAUGCCCAACAGGAGGACGACGAGUUUGUUUGCCAGAUCCUGUACGUCUUCUACCAGAUGGUUUUCCACAAAGCUACAAGAGACGUUAUCAUCAAAGACACCCAAGCUCCGGUUUACUUCAUCGACCUGAUGCACGACAGCAAUGCAGCGAUCCGCCAAGUCUGUGACAACACCCUGGACAUCAUAGCUGAAUACGAUGAGGAGUGGGGGAAGAUGAUCCAGACAGCAAAGUUCUGUUUCUAUAACAGCCAGUGGUUGGAGAUGGUGGAGAACCGUCAGCUGGAUGAAGCAGCAGAACCCUUCCUGUAUGGAGACGAUGGAGAAUACUUUAACAGGAACGGGGACGUUCUGGAGAGGCCAGAUUUGUUCUACACAGCAGACGGGAUCCUUUCUGCAGAUGGUUCCAUCAGCCCGGAUUUCUAUGCAGACUUCCAGAACAGCGACCUGGGAGAGACCGGACACCUGAACAGCACUUUGGAGCAGUUCGCCUCCUCCGCUCCAGCUCCGGCAGAUCGACCAGUCAGCGCCCAGAGUUUCCAACCUGAUGAGCGUUUCUUCUACAACUACACCACCACCGCUUCCCGGUAAACCCGGAUCUUGGACUCUGCUUUUCCAAUCCCACACGGACCGUGCAGGAAGUUAUGGCCUUUAUCUCGUUUACGUGAGCUCGGUUUUUAAAGCACUAAAUGGAUUUAAUAAGUUAAAAUUGUCAUUUUUAGUUCUGUAAUCUCCUAAUAAGGUGGAACAUCUCUGCAGAAGUUCUGCUCCUGUUUGGGCUCAGUUCUGGAGUGGUACCAGGGUUCAUCGUUUCUUCUCACUGUGCAAAAGUCCCCACUGCCAGAGAAAAUUCUCACCGUCUUUAAAUAAAUCAGACGUAAGAUGCAGAGCAGACCUCACUUAAAGCCGGAGUCCCUCUAGAAUCUGUUUGCAGUAGAAUAAUCUGACAAACAGAAACUACUAGUUUUAUCUGGAUUAUCUCCCAUGCCCACAGCAUCACUGAUCCUCCACCAUGCUUAACAGUUGGAAUAAGGUGCUUUUACACAUAUUCCUGCUUUGCUUCACAACAGACCCACCUGGACUGUUGAGUCUCAUUCAAAAUAGGUCCACAGGUCCAGUUAGAGUCCCCUCAGAGUUGAUCCAACACCACAGGUUUAUGUUUGUGCUGGUGGGACAGAAAAGGCUUUUUCCAGGCAGCCUCCCUCUUUAACAUGGUUGGCAUGUAGAUGGUAUCUAAUGGUUGUUCUGGGGUUCUCUAGCAGUGAGCUUCUGCCUCAUGGUGUGAGGAGACGAGUUGAACCUGGGUCAUCUAGUCUUGUUCUCACAGCUUUUUAAUUCUUCUGACUCUAAAUAUGGGAAAGUUUUGCUCUUUUAGUAGCCAGUUCAACAAACACCUGCCUUACUUGGAUGGCGUGUUCUCAUGUGUUUAUUAUUAUGAAGAGAGGCUUAGAGAAAUGGACUUUUGUCUCAGAUCGUGGAGAAGCAGAAAGUCACAGAUUAAAUCUGAUGGUCUGUUGUAAAGUUUCAGUAACACUGAAUUAGACAUCAGUUUGCAGGUUUAUGAAAAACAUAUUGCUUGGAGAGAAGGUGAAAGUUUCCAUUGUUUCAGUAACAUUUUGUAGAGAAAUGAAUUGUUUCUCCUGUUUAACUUUCUGGAGACUCUUUGGAUCGGUGUUAAAGAAGCUACUUAUGAGAUCAGAAACAGAAGGACCCAGAGGCCUGUCCUCUGCAGCAGCAUCAGGCGUUUACUGGUUCAGUUGCUGGGUCACGCCUUGGUCUGUCGCCAUGGUAACGGUUACCUGGCAACUAAGACAUUCCUGCUUCCACAUUAGAGAUGAAAACGUGUAAAAGCAAAGCUUGACCAAUCAAUGCCCAGAGAGAUGUUCUUCCUCCGUAGUUGGACCUGAACAUUUAACAUUUUCAGCAGAAUCAGAACCUGAACUAGGUCUAAUGGGUUCCAACACUGUUAAGGUUCCAGGUUACCUUUAAUGUGACAUUUAUUCUGUACAGCUUAUGGUUCACUUUGGUUGUGGCUUCUUUUGUUGAUGUACUGCUGUUUUUGGAGUUGUGGACCAAGGGUCCAGAUGUGUUCUUUCAUCCGUUAAUAUGGAGAAUACAGCAGAUUGUUGUAGCACGUAGAACACAACAGUUCUAGCUGGAAGGCUCUGCAGCUCCUCCAGUGCUACUGUCUGCAUCUUUGCAGCAAACCCCAGUUUUUCUGUCCUUUCAUUGGUGAUAAAGAACUGAGCAGCUUAUAUUGUCCACUUCUGAGUUUGUGUGUGUGUUUACUUGUUAAUGCUACCUUUGUAGGAUCUUUUCUGCUAUAAUCACUUACCUUCUACGGAGCAACAGGUCUUAUUGGGACCAAAGCCCGGUGCUCAUGGGUUAGAGGUAUGGUGUGAAUUAGGGUUAAGGUUAGGAACACACUGGUUAUGUUUAAUGUUAGGGUUAGUCACAAAAGGUUCCUAAAAGUCCUAAGAAGUCAAUACAAAGUCCUAAUAUGGGUGGAAAUAUAAACCUGUCUGUAUGUGAGAGAGGUUGGUGGCAGGUGUGAAGUUUUAGUGUAAGGGUGUGAAGACUUCUGCAGCCCAAUUGCUGCAGCCUUCCUACAUUUUUCUAUAAUAAUUUGGUUUCUACAGGAUGAAUGUUCUCUCAAUCUAUCAGUAAUUAUGAGAGCUGAGAGCAUUUGCCUGACCAUCUCGAUGUACCUGCUACAUCUGUCCCAACCAGAACCUGUUUAAUGUGUUCAGUGUGUGAAAUAACGUAACUACGAAGGCCUGCAACGAUGCAACAUUUGGUUGACCAACAGUUCAGGAGUCAUGCAUUGAAAGUCUGCUUGCCAAGACCAGAUCUGGCCAGAUGGAUGGACCUUCAGUCAUUUAUGCCCAUACCUGUAGGUCCUAAUGAGGGAGACUAUGAAGCUCAGGGAGGAUGGUGGGGACAUUGUAACGAUGGAGCAUAGAGAGAUGAGUCAAUAUCACUGCAACAAUUAACCGUAGAAAUCACAACUUCAUGCAUCCUUAUGAAGAUGAUUAAUCCCAGCGGCUUCUGAAACAUUCCUGACUAUAUAAGAGGUUCAGACUGAAACGUUGUUUUUCUGUUAAUUCGAACCAGGAACUGGUCUGUGUUUCUGAAGUUUAAUGCAGAUCUCAGAUGUGUUGGACCCAGAACAGGGAUCAGGACGACAUGUUUUAAUUUGUAUCAGUAGAUGCUGAACUGAACAGAACAUUUCACUAUAAACGGUAAAUGUAUGUUGAGCGAAGUACUAAACUGCAUCAUUUUUACAACAUCUUCGCCUCUUUUUACACAUUGCGUCUGACUGCAGAGCUUUAUCGUUUAUCUGAGGGGAACUGAGGAGCAGAUGUUUAAUCUUAUUAAUGUGCUGUGUUGACAAUAUGUUGUGGAUAUCUGUAAUUGGAAGAGAAUGUGCAGAAUUUUUAUUAAUGUUCUUGUCCUGCAUGGGCCUGCAGUUCUGCUGCUGUUGGAGUGGGUUUCAUGUUCCUCACAUUCCUGGAGGCUGGGUGUCAGUGACUGUUCUAAAAAUGUUGUGAAUAAAGACUCAAACAUCA